AUGGUUUCAAACGAGUGAUUCUUAACUUGCAAGUUCUGUAAAAAGGCUAACGUCUCACUUAGUAGAGGAGCACAUGUGCCGUAGUAUAAAUGGGUCUAUAUAUUUAAACCUAUAUAUGUUGAAAAGAGACGAAAUCAGAUAAUAUUUUAAACGAUAACAAUAAAGUAAACGUAUUACCUUGAUCAGCACUGUACACCAGUCGACGAACACAUAACACGGUAUAUAUAAACGUUUGUGCCUUUUACCCGUUCUUCAGUUGGAAAUUACACACAGUAUAAUUACGAGAAAUCUUGAAUGUUGCGAAGUGUUUCGAAACUAGUGGACGUUAUUCAUUGACAGACUUCGUAGUGCCACCAAACGUCAAUUUUGCGAAAAUGAAAUAAGUAAAAUAAACAUUAGUUUGCAUAUACUCUAAGGUGAUCAAGAACGGUUGAGUUAAAAAUGGAUAAAAGUCAGAAGAAAAAAGUGAAUAAUCCACGUCAAAACGCCAACCCAUUCUCCAUUCUUACUUUUUGGUGGAUUCUAAAAUUAUUCAUUGUGGGCUAUAAAAAAGAAUUGGAGGAAGAUGAUUUGUAUUCUCCAUUACGAGAAGAUAGAAGUAGCUGUUUGGGGCAACGUAUUGUGAAGAAUUGGGAAAACGAAGUGAAACGAUGUGAAAAGAAAAAAGACAAUUCGAAGCCAAACUUAUUUAGAGUACUUUAUAAAUGCUUCGGUAAAAUAGUCAUGAACACUGGACUAGGACUAUUUUUUCUAGAGUUCGUCAUACGAAUCAUGCAACCGUUCUUACUCGCCAAAUUACUACGUUACUUCUCAGGGAGUAGAAAAGACUGGACUAAUGAUAUAUAUUAUUAUGCUGCAGCUUUCUGCUUUUUACCUUUAUUAGAUGCUAUGAUCCUUCAUUGGGCCUUACAGAAUCUAAUGCAUGUGGGAAUGAAGGUCAGAGUGGCUUGUUGUACUUUAAUUUAUAGAAAAAUACUUAGAUUGUCCAAUUCUGUUUUGGAAAAUGAAACAUCGGCUGGACAGAUGGUCAAUUUCUUAAGCAACGAUGUAAAUAGGCUCGAUUACUUCGUUUUUAGUAUUCAUUAUUUAUGGAUUGGUCCGCUUCAGGUGUUUUUAAUAGCGUACCUUAUAUUUCGUGAAAUUGGAGUGGGUGCUAUCACAGGAAUGACAACAUUUUUAUUAUGUAUACCAUUACAAUUAUAUUUUGGUAGAAAAGUAUCGCGCUUAACUCUUGUGUCGGCGCAAAAAACUGAUGACAGGUUAAGAUUAAUGAAUCAGAUCAUAGCUGGAGUAGAAAUAAUUAAGAUGUACGUUUGGGAAAUACCAUACUCCCUUCUCGUGGAAAAAGCCAGACGGAAAGAAGUUAACGUAAUAAAGAAGUAUUCUAUCAUUGAACAAAUUGGUUUAACAUUUGAUGUCUUUGUUCCCCGAGUUAGUUUAUUUAUUACUAUAUUGACAUAUGUUUUUACCGGAAAUACUAUUGAUGCCGAGAAAGUAUUUAUGACAACAGCAUUUUACACUAUUUUACGAAGUUCUAUGGCUACUGGUUUUUCUUUGAGUGUUCACCAAUUAGCAGAAGCAUUGGUGUCUAUAAAACGUCUCGAAAAAUUCAUGAUGCAUCCCGAAGUCUCUCCACCACAAAAAAUUCCGAAUCAAGUAGCGACACCAUCUAUUCCCAUUUACUUAAAAAACGUCACUGCCAGAUGGGAUGAAUCCAGAGAUUACACCUUAAACAAUAUCGAUUUAACAGUACGAGCUGGUAGUUUUAUAGCUAUUAUUGGUCAGAUAGGCUCAGGAAAAAGCAGUUUAUUGCAAGCAAUGCUUCGUGAAUUGUCAUUACAAGAUGGAAUAUUAGAAACCAGUGGAAAAAUAAGUUUCGCUGAUCAACGACCAUGGUUGUUUGCUUCCUCCAUGAGACAAAAUAUUCUUUUUGGCCAACCAAUGAAUGAAACUCAUUACAACGAAGUGAUUCGUGUUUGUCAAUUGAAACGCGAUGUGGAUUCGUUUACACAUAAAGACAGAACCAUGGUUGGAGAAAGGGGAAUCAAUUUAAGCGGUGGUCAACGAGCUAGAAUUAAUCUAGCACGGGCACUCUAUAUUGACGCUGAUAUUUAUCUUCUGGACGAUCCUUUAUCAGCGGUCGACACACAUGUCGGUAGUCGCAUUGUAGAUGAAUGUAUAUGUGGUUUUCUUAAAGGUAAAACUCGAAUCCUAGUCACUCAUCAAGUACAAUACUUAAAAGCUGCCGAUCAGAUAAUCGUGAUGAACAACGGCAGUGUUCAAGCAAAGGGUAAUUUUGAGGAGUUGCAAAGUAUGAACUUGGAUCUUAUGAAAAUUUUUCAAGAGAUCGAGGAUAAAUCAGAAUCUACUGAGGCUGAAAUUAUGAUCAAAAAGCGGCAAACUAUGGAGGAAACGAAGAAAGAGGAGGAUCCAAUCGCAGCACAAGAACCUGUCGAAAUAUUGGAAACAAGAACGAAGGGAAAACUUUCUUAUAAGGUUUUCUUCGCUUACUGGAAGGCAAGCAAAAAUAUUUUUCUGGUUUUUCUGAUGGUGACUCUAUUCAUAUUGUUUCAAAUGAUGGCUAGUGGUAGCGAUUAUUUGCUCGCGUUUUGGGUAAAUACAGAAGUGAUGUCGAUUACAAACGAUAAUGGUACACUGGAUUUUCAAUGGUUUAGUCCACUGUCUCGUGAUGCAAUUAUUUAUCUUUAUAGUGGUCUGACCAUGGGCACCGUUUGUAUAUAUGUGAUUCAAGCGUUCACGUACUAUGGAGUUUGCAUGCGAUCUUCAAAAAAUUUACACGCGCAUAUGUUUCGUAGUAUCGUACGUGCUGUGAUGUACUUUUACAACACAAAUCCUGCUGGUCGAAUAUUGAACAGAUUUUCUAAGGAUAUCGGUACUAUUGAUAAAAAACUGGCUUUUACCAUGUUCGACGUUGCCAUAAUGUUCUUAAAUUUUGUGGGAACAAUAGUGAUUGUUGUUACAGUAAGUGCGUGGCUGCUAAUACCAACGAUUGUCGUUAUAAUCCUUUUCUACUAUAUGCGAGUUGUAUACAUUUCAACUAGCCGUGCUAUUAAACGUAUGGAGGGCAUAACCCGAUCACCAGUGUUCGAUCACUUGGGUGCAACUUUGCAAGGUUUAACGACUAUCAGAGCAUUUAAAGCUGAGAAAAUAGUAACUACAAACUUCGAUGAUCAUCAGGAUCUUCACACUUCUACCUGGUUUAUAUUCAUCUCUACUUCACGAGCUUUCGGUUUUUACAUUGAAGUAUUUUGUUUGAUUUAUGUAGCAAUUAUCACAGUUAUAUUUCUCAUAUUCGAUAAUCUCGCUGUUGCUGGAGAUAUUGGUCUAGUAAUUACACAAAUCACUGCCAUUGUUGGAAUUUUACAAUGGGGUAUGAGACAAACUGCUGAAUUAGAAAAUGACAUGACCUCUAUCGAAAGAGUCUUAGAAUACAGCCGUCUUGAAGAAGAACCUUUUUUGGAUAGUAUACCAGAGAAGAAACCACCAAACGAAUGGCCCACAAAGGGUUUGGUUGAAUUCAGAAACGUCAAAUUAAAAUAUGGCCCUAAAAGUGCUUACGUUUUAAAUAAUAUUAAUUUCGUCAUCAAGCCUAAGGAAAAAGUGGGAGUUGUUGGAAGAACUGGUGCUGGAAAGACAUCGUUAAUUAGCGCUCUCUUCCGNUUAGCAUAUAUACAAGGAGACAUAAUUAUAGAUGGUAUACCUACAGAUACAAUUGCAUUACAUGACUUCCGUUCAAAAAUUAGUAUUAUACCUCAAGAACCAAUUUUAUUCGGAGGAAGUCUUCGACGAAAUUUAGAUCCUUUUGAUGAAUAUUCCGAUAAUGUUUUAUGGAACGCUUUACAAGAAGUGGAAUUAAAAGAAACAAUUUCAGAAAUGUUGGCAGGUUUAGACAGUAAAGUAUCGGAAGAAGGAUCAAACUUUAGCGUUGGACAACGUCAAUUAUUAUGCCUUGUUCGAGCACUAAUUAGAAAUAAUAAAAUUAUGGUGCUUGAUGAAGCCACUGCUAAUGUUGAUGCACAAACUGAUUUUAUGAUUCAACAAACAGUUAGAAAAAAGUUUAUGGAUUGUACUGUAUUCACUAUAGCACAUAGAUUAAAUACCAUAAUGGAUAGUGAUAAAAUACUUGUGAUGGACCAAGGUCAACUAGUGGAAUGUGAUCAUCCAUACGUUUUGCUACAAAAGAAAGGAUAUUUUUACAAUAUGGUACAGCAAACAGGUCUUGCAAUGGCAAAUAGUCUAUUAGAAAUAGCAAAGAAUUGUUUUUAUAAAAACAACGAAGCAUCCUCUUGAUGAUGGCUCAACUUUAAUAUUCAAGUUAUAUGAUAUUUAAGCAAAAUCUUUUUGUACGUCCAAUUUAUA